CCUGUCCCUGGCCAGGCCAGGGCAUGGCUGUGGGCACGCAGCUCCCUGGAUGGCUCCUGGGCCCCAAGGCACACUGAGCCUGCAUGUGGCCGAGUAUCAUUGAAAAUGGCUAAGUGUGUCAGUGCUGACAUGCAUGGCAUAGAUUUGCAUCACUGACUUAUGUACACCUUUUUUUUUUCUUUUUAAGUAUAACUUCAACCUGUAGCUUUUAAGGCCAUUCUGUUUUUGCCCCCUUUUGACCUUCCCCACAUUGUAAACAGAUCUCUUCCUUCUUUUCUUUCUUUUCUUUUCUUCCUUCCUUUUUCUUUCUUUCUCCCUUCCUUCCUUUCUUUUGCCACCCUGUCCCCAUGUCUCCUCAUCCGCUCAUCCAUUCCCUACCAAAAAAGAAAAACAAAUCUCUUAUAACAAAUACGCAUGGUCAAAACAAAUUCCCAUUUUGGCUGCAUUCAGAAGAAAUCUGUCACUUUUUGCACUGUGAGUUCAUUCACCUCUCUGUCAAGAGGAGGAUAGAAUGAUUUGUCCUCAGCACUCUAGAAUAGCUGUUUGAUCAGAGCUACGGAGUAUGCCAGAAUUGGUUUGUUUAGCGAUCUUGUAGUUAUUGUAUAAAUUGUUCUUCUGGAUCUGAGCAUUUCACUCUGCAUUAGUUUUUUCCGUUUUCUAGGACUGAUCUUUCUAAUCUCUAAAACCAUCUAUUUCGUCAUCUCCAACAAUGCGAUAUUUGAUUUAAUGUUGUUGUUGUUGCUAUUUAGUCAAUUCCAUUGUGUCCAACUCUUUAUGACCCUAUUUGGGGUUUUCUUGGCAGAUACUAGAGUGGUUUGCCAUUUCCUUCUCCAGCUCAUUUUGAAGAUGAAGAAACUGAGGCCAAUUGGGCUAAGUGACUUGCCCAAGGUCACACAGCUAGACAAGACCCUGAGUCUGCCUGGGAUGGACCUACUUGUGCUGCUGCUGGCUCUGGGCCUGGCUGAUGGUGUUUCUGCACUGUCCUCAUCCAAGUCUCUUGUGACCUGUGCCUGUGAGAAUUUCAACUGCAAGGGAUCUUCAACCUGCCAAGGGUCUUGGUGCACUGUGUGGCUGAUAAAAGAACCAGGGAGACAACCCCGGGAAUCUCGAGGAUGCAGUAACCAACACUAUCAAGAGACCUGCCUGGGACUGCCCACUGAAGCCUUUGCACACUACUGCUGUUACCAGCCUCUCUGCAAUCAAAACAUCUCCCUAAAGCUAGCAAGCACACCAGCCCCACCAGAGGAACCCCAUCAAGUUAACCAUCUGCCACUGAUCCUGGGCCCUGGGUUGGCUCUGCUGGUUCUUUUGGGGCUAGGAGCCCUGGGCCUGUGGCACUUCAGUCAGAGGCGUCAAAAACAGAGAGCUUUGAAAUAUGACCUGGGAGAAUCCAGCCUCAUCCUGAAGGCCUCAGAACUGGGGGACAGCACACUAGGGGACCUUCUGGACAGUGACUGUACCACAGGCAGUGGCUCUGGCCUCCCCUUUCUGGUUCAGCGGACAGUGGCUCGGCAAAUUGCUCUGGUGGAAUGUGUGGGCAAGGGCCGCUAUGGUGAAGUAUGGAGGGGCCUGUGGCAUGGCGAGAAUGUGGCUGUCAAGAUUUUCUCCUCCAGGGAUGAACAGUCCUGGUUCCGGGAGACUGAAAUCUACAACACAGUUCUCCUCAGACAUGACAAUGUUCUUGGCUUCAUUGCUUCUGACAUGACAUCCCGCAAUUCCAGCACCCAGCUGUGGCUGAUCACCCACUACCACGAGCAUGGCUCCCUGUAUGACUUCCUGCAGCAGCAGCCACUGGACCGAGGGCUGGCUCUGAGGCUGGCCCACUCCAUUGCCUGUGGCCUGGCCCACCUUCAUGUGGAGAUCUUUGGCACCCAGGGCAAACCAGCCAUUGCCCACCGAGACCUGAAGAGUCGCAACGUCCUAGUCAAGAGCAACCUACAGUGUUGCAUAGCAGACCUGGGCCUGGCGGUAAUACACUCCCAGGGCAGUGACUCCCUGGACAUUGGCAACAACCCUCGGGUAGGCACCAAGAGGUACAUGGCGCCAGAAGUGUUAGAGGAGCAGCUUCGAACGGACUCCUUUGAAUCCUACAAGUGGACAGACAUCUGGGCCUUUGGGCUGGUGCUAUGGGAGAUAGCCCGGCGGACCAUAGUGAAUGGCAUCGUGGAGGACUACAGACCACCCUUCUUUGACAUGGUUCCCAAUGACCCCAGUUUUGAGGAAAUGAAAAAGGUGGUUUGUGUGGACCAGCAGACACCCAAUAUUCCCAACCGGCUUGUUGCAGAUCCGUUUCUUUCAGGUCUGGCACAAACCAUGCGGGAAUGCUGGUACCCCAAUCCUUCAGCUCGCCUCACAGCUCUGCGCAUCAAGAAGACCCUACAGAAACUUUGUGCCAAUGUAGAGAAAUCCAAAGUGACUCAUUAGCCGUCUGGUGCCCAUACCCUCUAUGCCCUGGGGAGGGCUCCAUGGAGCUGUCUGGGUUGGACCUCUGCAACCUCAGAGUCUGCUUCCCUUCUUAUCUGGGAUCUCAGGAAGAGGGGAGUGGGGAGGGUGGUCCCCUGAGAGGGCAGCCCCGGCUGCUGGACUCCACGCCUCCAGCCCCCAGCUCUCCCAGCCAAAAAUAUUGCUGGGUCUGUAAUCUGAUGCCAGGGCAUUUAGCCCAGUCUGAAGGAACAGUCUCCCUGACGCCUGGCUCUUCCCCACCCCCAGCACACCCACACUGACCCCUCCUUCCCUGGGAAGUCUAGAUCCCAGCUGGCCCCAACUGCAAGAGAACACUGCCCCAGGAUGGGACCAUAGAGAAGCCACCAACACCUAAUUGGGGGAAGGGAUGGAGGUUUGUAUUCUCCCUGCCACCCAAUCCCCCGGUGCACAUGUAUGAACAAACAGAGACAGAAACCCUAGGCUGCUCCAUCUCACCUGCUGCUUGUGUCCUUACCUCCCAGGGUCAGCAGAGGGGGCGCGGACCCCCAAAUCCCUUUCAGACUGCACUCUUCCAAAGCAAAGCACCUUGGGCACAAUGCCACGUCAUAUGCCCCCUGUGCCAUGAGAACCUGGACACCUUGUCAUAUGGCUGCAUCAAAGCCUGGGGUUGAGCCAGCCCAAGGGACCUCAUGUGCUCAACUUCAAGGGGCCCCACUGCAUCCUUCCUCUCCCUUCAUAGGAAACAGAAUGCCGCUAAACCCUGCCUUGACCAAGGGGCAACCUGCACCCCAAAUCACUUACCUUAGAAUGAAACCUCAAAUUUUCAAGCCUCUCCCAGGCCAAUGCUGCGUGUGAGUGGGACUGGUGCCUUUGUUGGCAAGCUACGAGAAAGAUGGCGAUGAUGUCAAAAGGUCCCCAAAUGCUCGUGCCCAGCCUGAGGGGGCUUCCAAAAUAAACAGAAGGGGGGGUUUAGAACCUUCUGAGCCUUCCCUGUAGAUCACCGAAUCUAAGGCUCUACCCACCUCCCCAAUACAAAUUCAUCUCCUUCUCUUGUCCUUUACCAACAUUCCCCACCCAUAGUCCAUUUAAAAGUGCUUCCCAUCUGAGUUAGGGAGAGGACAAAAAACCCUUGGCCACUUUGUAAUGCUGAGGCUAAUGGCAUUUACUCCUUGCCAUUUUGGGGUACCAUCCUGGGACCUUUUAGCCCACCAUCAAGUUGGCAUUAAAGAUGCCAUCCCACUCAUUGGAAAAAGCAGCUGCCCACACCAUCCCCCGAAGAUAGAAAAUGGAGAGAUUGGACUCGAUCCUCUCUAGGGCCCCGUCCAGUCAAACAACCCAGGCUAAGGCCCUGACCUUGAGAAGUGUCCAGCUCUAGUGCUGGUCGCCACAUCCUUGGCAAGGCUCCCAAGUGCUUGACCCAAGUUCUCCUUAGCUUAGAGGAUGCACACAAUCAUUGACUUAAAGUCAGAAGGUCCAAGACCCUUAUUUGUCACAUGAUGACACUUUGGCUCAGGGUCCCCUGCUACACUCAGCAUCAUAGGAUGGAGUGCAAAGACCUGGAAAUCUGACCAGGGUGGUUGUGGGGAGUAGCAGGUGUGUUGGAAGUCCAGGACAACCCCAGGCUGCAGAAACUCCAGGUCCAGAGCCUAGCUCGCACCAAGAAACAUUUCCUGGGUCCUUGAGAAGCCGCACCGCUCUCUUCUCUCAUAGCGUUGUAGCGUCUAGCACUGGAGAGGGACGUGAAGAUUACCCACGCUCCCUGAGGAAAGUCAAAGGGAAGGCAAGGCAAAUCAAUCCAUCAACAAGCAUUUAGUAAGCUCCUACUAUGUUCCAGGCACUAUACCAGGCACUGGUGAUACAAAUACGAUGCUGAAGUAAUUCCUACUCACAAGUUGUCUACAUUCUAACAGAGACAAGAAGUACAUAUGUAUGUAAGCAGAAUAAAUAUUUUAAAAUAAAUAUGAAUAAUAGUGAUAAUAA